AUGAGUUUCCUCUCGAGAAUCCCGAAAUCAACACGUUUUCAUUCUAUAGCUCGUACUUUCGCUGUGGAAAGUUUUCAAAAGCACAAUAUCAGUGCAAAGCAUACAACCAACACGCAUAUCACUUCAAAAUAUAAGAUUAUCGAUCAUGUCUAUGAUGCCGUUGUUAUUGGCGCUGGUGGUGCUGGUCUUCGUGCUGCUUAUGGUUUAUCAGCAGCUGGUUUUAAAACUGCAGUUAUUAGUAAAUUGUUUCCUACACGCAGUCAUACGGUUGCCGCUCAAGGUGGUAUCAAUGCUGCGUUAGGAAAUAUGGAACCUGAUGAUUGGCGAUGGCAUAUGUAUGAUACAGUCAAAGGUUCUGAUUGGCUUGGUGAUCAAGAUGCAAUACACUAUAUGGCUCAACAAGCUCCGCGUGCUGUUGUUGAACUUGACAAUAUCGGUAUGCCAUUCAGUAGAAAUCCGAAUGGCACAAUUUUUCAACGUGCCUUUGGUGCUCAGUCGUAUGAGUACGGUCGGGGUAAGCAAGCACGUCGUUGCUGUGCUGUUGCUGAUCGUACGGGCCAUGCAAUGUUGCAUACACUCUACGGCGAAUCGUUGAAAUACAGCACAGAUUAUUUUAUUGAAUAUUUUGCGCUUGAUUUAUUCAUGAAUUCAGAUAGAACACAAUGCCUUGGUCUUAUUGCAUUAAAUCUUGAAGAUGGAAGCCUUCAUCGAUUCCAAGCCAAUAAUACUGUUGUAGCAACUGGUGGUUAUGGGCGAGCCUAUUUGUCAUGUACGUCAGCGCAUACAUGUACUGGUGAUGGUAAUGCCAUGGUUACUCGUGCAGGUCUGACAAAUCAAGAUUUAGAAUUUGUUCAAUUCCAUCCAACUGGUAUUUUUGGAGUGGGCUGCCUCAUAUCAGAAGCUGCUCGCGGUGAAGGCGCCUUUCUUGUUAAUAGUAAUGGCGAACGCUUCAUGGAACGUUAUGCGCCAGCUAAAAAAGAUCUUGCUUCGCGUGACGUUGUGUCACGUUCGAUAACGAAGGAAAUUGUCGAAGGACGUGGCGUUGGGAAAGAGAACGAUCAUAUGUAUCUCCAAUUACAUCACUUGGAUCCAGAACUAAUACACGAACGUUUACCAGGCAUUCAAGAAACCGUCAAAAUAUUUGUCGGUAUUGACAUCACGAAAGAGUCAAUACCUAUAAUACCAACAGUUCAUUAUAAUAUGGGUGGUAUUCCGACAAAUUAUAAAGGUCAAGUUAUACAACAUAAAAAUGGAAAAGAUGUUGUCAUCAAAGGUUUAUAUGCAGCCGGUGAAGCUGCAUGUGCAAGUAUCCAUGGUGCUAAUAGACUCGGCGCAAAUUCCCUGCUGGAUCUUGUUGUAUUUGGGCGUGCAUGUGCACUCACAAUUGCAGAAGAAAAUAAACCUGGAGACACGUUACCCGAACUUCCAUCGGAUACUGGUCGAAUGUCGAUCGAUAACUUAGAUCGACUGAGAUAUGCCAAUGGAUCAAUUUCAACAGCGGAACUUCGUUUGAAAAUGCAAAAUACAAUGCAAUUUCAUGCUGCAGUCUUCCGUAAAGAUCAAACACUGACGAAAGGUUGUGUAUUGAUGGAUAGCAUAUUUCAAGGACAAUACGAUUUGGGAUUAAAAGACCGUGGAAUUAUCUGGAACACAGAUUUGACUGAAGCGCUGGAAUUACAAAAUUUAUUACUUAAUGCUGUGCAAACAAUCUAUGCGGCAAAAGCACGAGAAGAAAGUCGAGGUGCACAUGCAAGAGAAGAUUUUCCUGAUCGUAUUGAUGAGUAUGAUUAUUCAAAUUUAGCAGAAAAUCCUAUUGCCAAUCAGAAAAAGAAACCAUUCGAGAAGCACUGGCGUAAGCAUUCAUUAUCUUACACGGAUCCCGCAAGUGGAAAAACAACAUUAUCAUAUCGGCCUGUAAUUGAUAAAACAUUGGAUGAAAACGUUUGUGCAUCAGUACCGCCACAACCUCGUAAAUAUUGA